AUGUACGACACGGAAGUCAUUGGAGAAUUGAAUGUUUUCCAAAUCCGGCGGUUCAUUUUAUCGACGUACAACAUCACACUUUCUAUCGAGCAAAUCCGGCAAUUUUUGUCGGAAUUGGUGAUCUCGAAAAAUGGUCGCAUCUCAAAAGCCGAGUUUAUUGCGUUUAAACAGUCUCUUUUCGCGAAGAAAGACGAGUUUCUGUUGUCACAAACAAAACCAACUUCCGAGAUAUAUGGCAGUCUUCCAUUCACACUCAUAAACAUUCAGCCCACGGACAUAAAGACGCCACGUCAACAAGACUUGACUCGGGACUUUUUCUAUGAAAGUUCUCCUUAUCAUCGUGCAAUAUUGUCACUACUUUUUGACCCAAUUGUCCACUAUUCCCCAUUGAACGUCAUUCCAUUCACAAAUCAAUUGGGGACCCAGUACUAUUCUUCGCAGCGCUCCGAGCAAGUUGUCCGUAUGGGGACAUUGCCAAAGUUGUCACAAGUGAAUCGUGAGCCCGAUGUGUUUCUUUUCCAAAAUUUUCCAGCCUUAUCUGAGCUGUUCGUUCCGGAUGUCAAUCUUGCCGAGCUCUCAUCUCAUCUCUUUUUUCUUCCAAAAGCCCCGAAAUAUUUUUCAAAAAUUGAGACGUUUGUUGUCGUCUUUCUUGGGACAACUCUUGAAAGCGCCGUUCUGACAGAAGAUCUCUUCUUCUCAAUCUCGUUCCACAAUUUGCGAUCUUUCGAUAAAGUCUCAUCAAAUUACACCACGUCCACUGCAUAUCGGACCGAAUCUUUAGAAUAUUCCACCGUUGCACAAAACACUUUUGCAAUUCAAUUAGAUCCAACUCAAGAAUACGCGGCAAUAUUAAGAGUUUAUAGAAGAUAUACUAAUGAUUUACAAACUAUACGAGAAAUCUACGCCCGACCCCAUGACGAAAACGAAAAGUCAAAAGAUCUCAAAUUGAAAUCAAAAACGCCACGUACAAAUUUCAAACAAUUUGUGAUGAGUGGAGUCUUUUUAGUAAAAAACUCAUUAAAAAACUUGAACAAAGGGAAUGUGUUUUAUGGAUUGAAGUUUUAUAAAGACGAAGGAAUGAAAGAUGAGCAAUUACUCAAAGAUGUGAUUGCGGGAAAAGCAAAAGAGUGUUUGGGUGGAAUGUGGGGCAUAAAAAUAGAAAAAAUCUCCGAAUACAAAACGGAUUAUUUAGUCAUAGAAAAAUGUUUAAUAAAACAAAAUUUGGAGGACCAGCCGGCCGAAGCCAAAACGAAAAAACAAGCGAAAAUUCCAUUAGUGUGUUCUUGGGAAAAUAAGACCGAUUGGAGUAUAGAAAUCCAUAGAGAAUAUUCCAAUGAACUGGUCGGAAUAUUCAAAGAAAUUUCAAUUGGAAAAGAACUCAAAAAAAGUGUUUUAAAAGUCAAAGUGUAUUUACGAACUGGCGAAAACGGAAAUGUGAAUAUAAAAGCGUUUUUAAAUGGAAUGAAUAUGGAUGAGGUAUUUGAAGCAAGUGCAAUAGGAAAAGGAAUGGGCUUAACCGAUGAAAUAGUAAUCAACUUACCAUUCAUUCUAACCGAUAUGCAUCACUUAUAUGUCCAAGUCCAAGAACUAAAUAUUGAGACAUUAGAAGAAAUGAAUAGUUAUUCUGGGAUAUUAAAAUUAUGUCAACGUGGCGUGAUAAUAGGAUCUGGAGAGAAAGUGAUUGGACUCUAUAAAGGAAUGUCAUCUAAUUAUUAUACUGACCUUUCUCAAUACCAAAACGUAAACAUGACAGAGGGGUCUCCUCAUAUAACAAUUGAAUUAAAAUUGAAUAGCUCGGUCUACCCAAGUAGUUCGGAUUUACACGCGUUUUUAAUUAACAAAACGAAUCAAUUGUCUUCAAUUAAAAUGACUGAUGUGAUGGCAUUUCUUCCAUUGGUCAUCCAACGGUAUUUAAAUAUAGCUAACGAUAAGAACUAUACCGAAUUUUUUCACUUUUUUGACGUAUUGGAUGAGGUAUAUGGGGUGGACACGUAUUCGACCACAUUAGUUUCUGCUAUAGAAAAUUAUAAUUAUAUUAUUCCCAAUUCCGAACUAAUACUUGAGAAGCAAACGUUCACGGUGUUAUCCAAAGUUUUAUUAAAUCUGCCAACGCCCUCAGAUGACACCACACGAAAAUUUCUGAAAUUUAGUUGGGUCAUCUUUCUCUUAAUAGUUAAAAGUAUUAAUACAUAUCAAAUAACUUUACGCCAGACGAAUGGGGACGACGACGUGAAAAAUGCCUUUCUAGGAAAUCUCGAAGUUAUGAAACAAAUUAGAAAAGAACUAUCCGUUGGAGUCUUAAAGAUCUCUGGCUUAAUACGGGAAAGUGUUUUAACGAGUGAUGCGAUGAACGUCCGGGAAGGGAAUUCUGCAUUAGCGCAGUUUCUCGUGCGCAUGUUGAACAUCUGGAAUCGCGGAGAUGUCUCGAAGAUGAUGGAGAACCAUUUAGAUAUCCUUGCGAAUCCGAUUUCAGCGGAUGGGAUCCACGUGAUGGCGAAAGAUUCCGCGAUCAUGCAAUACUUAAGUUUACUGCGGAUCGAGUUCUGUGAAGUGUCGAUGUUAAUGGAAGGCUUUUUUAAGUCGUCGAGUUGGAGUUUGAAGUGUGAGGUGUGUAUUAAUGAUGACAAAGAAGAGAACUUGGGAUACCCCGUUAAUGUUAUUAUAAGAAAUCUAUUAAGUGUUAUUCAUCGGGGAAAAGAUGAAGGGCGGCUUGGAAUUAAUGUGUUAGCUAUGAUAGUUUCGUGUUAUGAAUUGGAUGGUUCUCUUUCUAAAAGUGACAAGGAAAAGGCGUUUAGUAGAUUAAUGGUUGUUGUAUUAAAAAUUAUAGAAGAUUGGGAGAUCUUCAGUAAAUGGAAAGUCUCAAAAAUCUCGGAAAGUGAAGAUUUGGAAGAUAUCAAAACGUUAUAUUUUUCUUUACUUACUAUUAUAAGAAAUUGCCCCAAAGACGAACUACGGCAAUGGGUAACUAAUGAAGUUUCUAAUAGAAUAGAAAUCUUAAUAGAAAAUUUGAGACGAGCAAAUUUGGUCUUUUCGUUUUUCCCAAAUGAAUUUCGGCCGAAUCCACGCAAAGUCAUUGUCGAAAAAACACGAGAAGUCGUCGCGUUGUUGGGCAUCUUAAAAUCGCCACGUGGCAUUUUUGAAGGGAAUUCGCUGCGAAAUUCAAAAGAAAAUCGUUUUGAUAAAGAAAUUGAGAGAAAGGAAUUACGAGAAUCUCGAGAUAUGAAAGAAUUGAGAGAACUCAACAUAACGAAAGAGGAGAGUAAAGAAACUUUUUCUGAAAAUGAGAUUACGCCGAAGCGGAAAGAGACGGCGAAAGAUUCCAUUUUAGCGACGCCGAGAGCGUUUCGAUUAUCAAAGAAAAUAGACCAACAAUUUUUUGGGACGCCGAUAAAGUUACCAUUGAGUACCCCACAACGGAAACGAACUAUAGUGAAACCAUUAGAUUUAACGUUAUCUGAAAAGAAAAUGACAAUAACACAUAAAGACGAGGGAAUGAUAGAACGAGGGCGAGUCUUAGUAACUGAAAUAGCCAAAACCUCAAUGGACAUUAUGAUGUAUUUAUUAGAUCGCGUGAACCCGAGCAAUUCCACGCCUGUUUCGCGGUGUGAGUGUAUACCAAAUCAGAGCGACGGGGAGACGAGUAACCCUUCUGUAUUAAAGAAUGAAUCGGAGAGGUGGGAGGAGCAGCUGUGGGAGUUCAUUUCGAAGACCCUUUUUGAGGUGUCGUGGAGCGAAUACUACAGUGUAAUUCUUCGUGAGUUUAUUAACAGUGUUAUGGCCUUCAAGCGUGUGUAUAUAUUUGGUAUCAACGGGUGUGUUCGCAAUUCGAUCAUGGAGAGUAUUGUGACUGCUGUGAAUGAUGAGAAUCCAUAUAAGCGAUCCGACGGCUUGAAGAUGACUUUUGUCUUCUCAAAGAAUGACUUUCUAGUGAAUGGGAAUAUCGAGAAUACCUCAAACGGAUAUAAAAAAGCGAUUUGUGAGAGUGGCGUAACGGGGAAGGACGUCCUCUUAAAUUCCAUUGAGGAAUUCGAGAUGACGUCAAAGCGCCAUUUUACAACACAAACAGAAGAACUCAAAAAUGCAGACGAGAAAUAUCGACGAAUGCCCGGAGCAAAAAAAUGGAAGGACUGGAGCGAAAUGAAUUAUGGCAAAUUGGUGGGGAAGAUCUACGACCAGGUAAGCUUCCGAGAAGACUUGAAUUUGGUUUUAAUUGAAACGAUCGGACUUAUGAGGGUCGACGAGAGGAGAACUGAAAAUGAUGGAGUGCUUGCGGAAGUCAUUUCGAAGUUGAAGAAGUUCAAGGUUGAGUACCUGAAGUUUGGAGAGGGCGAGCUGUUCGACAACUUCAGGUCGAAGAAAAUUUCCGAGAAGUAUCGAGAAGUCGGGAAAUUAGAAGAAAAAGUGACACAUCUCAUUUUUGAGAUUGACAAGGAGGUGGAAGAAGGGAUGGAGAUGAGAAGAAAGAGAGAAGACAUGAAGACCAAAGCGGAGCAGAUGAUGACAGCAGUUUCCCGAGAAGUUGUUCAACUGUUACAGCCGAAGCCUCAAAGUGUUAUACAACAUGACAUUCAACAAAGUGAAUGUCAUAGUUUCUCUCGAGCUUCAGAAGUUUUGGAGAUAUGUCCUCUUUCUACCAAACAUCCUGAAGAGUUAUUAUUAGAGAAAUACGCGAUCUUCGACGUUCAUAAACAGUGUCAGGCGCUUCGUUCGCGUCUCGAUGAGAUGUCUGAAUCAUUAAGUAAGUGUGGUCUUCGUCGUGUCGAGGAGAUCGAUGCGAUGUUAGACAUUAUUAGUUCUGUUGAGAUGAUGCGACAGAAUUGGUACGAUGCGACACUCGAAUUGUCUUCGAUUGAGUCCUCGCUCUUAUCGCGUGAUGAGAAGAGUGAGCGGAAAGCGCAGGAGUGGAGUACACUGACGUCUACGAUGCUCCGUCAUUGGAGCUCCGACUUAAUAGGAGAUCCGUGUGAAAUUGAGUUCUUAGUAUCUCGGAAGAAGGACUUAGAUGUCAUCAUUCGUCGUGUCGAAGAGCGUUCGGAGAAGGUCCGGAAGUCAGUUCAAGUGAGUGGAGUAGUAGAGAAGGGGGAGGUGAUGUGGGCGAAUGUCAUCAAUUCGAGUGAAAAGGUAGUCCAGCAGAUUUAUGAAGUUAAAAGGAAGUACGAUAUUAAAGUUGAGAUGAAGAAGAAACAAGAAGGGUUAGAGAGUCAAGCGGAAGAACUUCGAUAUUUAGUUGGGCUAGUUUUUCUGUAUGAAAAAGUCAAGAAAGAGAUUGGGGAGAUGGAGAGUGGAGUGGAUCUCAUAUCAUGUGAAUUAUUAAUUCAAGUGAUGAGGGAAAUAGGAGAUGGGAUCUAUAACUAUUUAACACGGAUAGAUGACAUUGUUGUGAAUAUCACAAAAGAGUCGGAGGAGGUUAAGGAGAAGCUGGGGAUAGGGGAAGUAUUGAAUAAAGUCAAAUUUAUAUAUAAAGAGGAAGGGUAUAGCUCUUUGUCGCAAAGUGGUGGAACGAGGUUGAAAGAGUCUUCAGAAGUCUUCAUCGAGAAGAGAAAGCAGUUAGAAGGCAUUUUGUUGCGAUUUUCAGAAUUAGUUGCGACGGAAUUGCGCAAUGAAACGGGGCGGAAAUUGUACAAAAGAAAAAUCGAAGAGUUGCUGCACAAGACGAAAUCGGCAGUGAUCACAUCUGAAGUUGAGACGCAGAUUUGGUUGUUGUAUGAUGACAUUCGGAAGAUGGAAGAUUCUAAUAUAGAAGAGAUAACGCGAUAUGUGAGUCGGAGUGAUGAGGGGUAUAUAGGUCGAUUAAUGAAAAUUGAUCCGAAGAAAUUGAAGAAGUCGUUAGGAAGUCCAGCGCUCGGGAAAUUCAGUUCGAUGAUAUUUAAAGACGGAGUAUCGCCUUUAAGAGAGAAAGAGAGGGAGACUGUCAUCUUAAAUCUGAGGAACGAAUUUGAUGAAGAGUCCUCGUUGUUGGACGUCUCGAAGAAAUUACAACGGAAGUACUUGAACGACGUCAAGACGUUUAAGAAAGAGGUUGGAGAGGUGAUGAAGAAGUUAAAGAUUUUAGAUAAGAACACGAGCGACUGUGAUGAGAUAGCGGACAAGUAUUAUAUGUUCUCUGAAGAAUAUUAUAAUAACCCGGAACUCCAUAUUACGUGGAUGAAUCGACUAUCGGAGUCACAGAAGAAUCGCGCGAAUUUCCCGGAAAUGGCGAACUGCGAGUUACAUAUGGUGUUCUACUUAAUUAGUGUGCUGAAGAUUGAGAUCGAUGUCAGCGAAAUUAAAGACAUUUAUACGUGCGAAACACCUCCUCCGGCAAAUGGACAAAUCUUUGAGACUCAGGAAAGCGUGUUUAAACACUUUGAACGAGCACUCUUCGCUAUGCAAAGAGCUAACUUCUUUGAAGAAGCUAUUAAGAUCUCGAGGUGCGAGGCAAAGUACUAUCUGAAACAAAAUAACUUCAAAAAAGUGCUGAAAUGCCACGAGAAACUGUCAAAUCUGUUUGAUGUCAUGCAGGACAAACACGUUGCUGUCAAUUUCUUCUUGGUCAAUUACAGAGAAAAGAAUUACAUCUACUGCGUCGGAGUCGAGAAAGAACUCUUCGAGAAAAUGAUCAAAACUACGUUAAGACAAGGAGAAGAGGCGCACGCAAGUCCGACCGUUGCGGACGAAAUCAUUGUGUCGAAAGUCAGAAAAACAACAGAGAAGAACACAUUCGAGCAAAUCAAAUACACGAAGAGACACGUCGUGAGGAAGAUCUAUGUCACAGAAGUGGCGCUGCCUAACGUCAUUCGAAGAUCGAAAGUCAUCAACGCGCAAAUCAAACGAGAAAAUAUUGUCACGUUUAUACAACAAAAGGUGACAAAAAUUGAGGAAAUUGUCGACACUGUUGAUGUCAAUGCGAUUGAUAAGGUUUUUGGACAGAUCGAGGAGACAACUAGGUACGUCAAGAAGUUGAACGAACGGAAGCCAAGUGGACUCGAACAGGCAGUCCAACAAAUCUGCCGACUCGACGAGAAAAUCAAAGGUCUGAUUGUGGCGGCUGGAGUCACUGGAUUGUACAACGACGAUUUACUCGAGAAACUCAAUGAAAAGUACGUCCAGAUGCAUAUGAGUAUCAAAAAUUUGGUGAAGGUCAUGGAAUCUGUUUAA